AUGCUGACUUCUGAUGAAAUUCUAGGAAUGGUAUAUCUGCUAUUGACUGUAGUUGGAUUCCUAGGGAAUUGCAUCCUCUUCUUUCUAAACAGCUUUAAUUUCCUCAUUGUUCAUAGAACAAGACCUAAAAACUUAAUUAUCAUCCAUUUGGCUUUUUCCAAUGCCAUGGUACUUCUCUUUAGAGGAAUACCUACUACAACAAGACUUUGGAGAGUGAAAUGUCUUCUGGAUGAUACCGGGAUUAAAAUCAUAACGUACGUGCAGACACUAAGCAGGAGCCUUUCCUUGUGUAGCACCUGCCACUUGAGUGUCUUCCAGGCCAUCAUUAUUAGUCCCACCAAUUCCAUUUGGGCACAGCUCAAAAAGAUAGCACCAAAAUGUAUCAUUCCAUGUAUCCUUCUUUGCUGGAUCUUCAAUCUACUCUUAAUUAUGAUUCUAAUUCUAUAUCAUGAUGCUCCAAAGAACAGAACAAAUAAUAAAUAUGGUUGUAACACUGGAUAUAGAUAUCUGGAUAGAUAUAAUAAGAAUCAGCUUAAAAUGAUAAUCAUAAUGUGUAUUUAUGAUUCUUUGUUUAUGUGUCUCAUGACUUUUUCUAGUGUCUAUAUGAUCUUAAUCCUAUAUAAACAUAAGAAGCAUGUAAGUCAUAUUCAUAGUAAUAGUGUCUCCACAAAAAUAUCCCAUGAAACUGUAGCCACCCAAGCUAUCUUGCUUUUAAUGAGCAUCUUUGUUUGCUUUAAUGUUUUCAGUCCAUUUUUUGCUGUGUUAUUUUAUUUCAAAUAUGCACACAGUUGGAUGAUACAUGCCUCAGUCUUUUUGUCUCUGUGGUAUCCAGUAGUCAGCCCUUUUAUUCUGAUCAGCAUUGAUUCUCAGAUCCCCAGAACUUGUGUUCACAGAUAGAUUAAAAGACACAGGGUAUUCAUUACCCUGUAAUGCAGACCUAUAAAGAAGAGUUAUGGAAGCAUAGUGACUCAAAAUGUUUCAACCUUUUCAGUUUAACAUUGAAGAUCUAAGCCACUCAUCCAACAGAUAUUGGAAACUGAGUCACAAGAUUGAUGACUCAUGAAAAACUGUUUGUUUUCCCAAUUCUAGGCACCCUAACAUUUGGUAAUUGCAUGAAAAAUAUGAAAAAUAACUUGUAUGUUCCUCAAAUAAUAUUGAGGGAACUUCUUUAGGCUCAUCCUAUAUUAAUUCAUUUCUUUUGUAACUGCUUUAUUACUUCUCCUUUCUUCUUAACAUGCCACUUUAGGUUUCAUUUGUGCUAGUUUUUACCAGAUUCUGAACUAGACAUAGCUCUCAUUGAAAGCCUGAAAUUUUAAUCUUCUGAAUGAAUUUGCCAACCAGAAACUCAUGCUUGUUCAAAUAAGAUAAACAUUUUCAACUUUCUAGUAUAACUCUUAUUAUUAAUUAAUAG